AUGGAUGGUUCUGACGAAGUCUGUGAAAUCUUUUGUGAGCCUUGUGAAAAAGCUAAACAAAAAACAAUAGCAGAAGGGUUUUGUGUUGACUGUUCUGAAUACUUAUGCGGACAGUGUUUUAAUCAUCACAAGCGUUUUAAACAAUUUGAGCACCAUGUUCUACAAGAUAAAAACAGCAUGCCUUUGGAUCCAAAACAUACUGUAUCGAAAUAUGUCUGUACAUCAAAGUGUCAAGUUCACGCGGAUGAAGUUAUAAAAUAUAUUUGUAAGACCUGUGAUAAGAUCGGAUGUAACGUUUGCAUGACGAUAGACCAUCGAUCAUGUGAUGGUGUCAGGUAUAUCCCGGACGAAGUGAAGAAAUCUGUUACAUCUGUAGAAAUACAAGAAUUUGCUAAAAUGAUAGAUGAUAUGCAUGUAGUGCAACAAGAAUUGUAUAGCAAGAUUGGUCAAAAUUUUCAAGUAUCCGAUCAAAUGAUCAAAACAGCUUGUAUGGACCUUGAGCGACAAAAAGAUCAGAUUGUCAGCUUCUUUGAAAGUCUUUAUGAUACAAUGAAAACCGAAGUUGUUAAAAACAGGACUUAG